AUGGAAUAUUUUAAUAGCAAUGUAGAGGCAGAGGAAAGUCCCUUAUCUUCUCACUUUUUUGGUGCAGUAACGAAGGAACACAGUUUAGAAGAAAAAGUACUAAUCGUCAUUCUUCCAAUCUGCAUUUUGGGAUUCAUAGGAAAUACAAUUAUUUUAUGGCUCCUCUGCUGCAGGCUCAGGAUUAAAUUAAGUCUGUAUUUUGUGUGCGUGGCAGUUUCUAAUAUCGUUUUAAUCUUCUGCAGCAUUGUUGAUUUUGUUUUGGUUUUCACAUCACUGAAUUUCAGUUUAGUACUUCAACGUAUACUGCAUAUCUUGCAUUUAAGCAGUUAUUACACUGGCUUUUAUAUCGUUACAACUAUUGCUGCUGAAAGAUGGUGCACUCACUUUUUCCCUGUUUGGUAUAAACAGCAUCGGCCAAAGAAUUUCUCAGCCAUCAUGUCCCUUUCUUUGUGGGGGUUCUCCGGGCUGGCAUCAUUUCUGCGCUAUUAUGCCUGCCCUUCAACAGCAAAAGUACACUUCCAUAACAUUGAGAGUUGUAGAACUUCAAGUAUAAUAGAAAUCGUCACUGGAAUUAUUUUUCUUCCAAGUAUGAUUUUUUUUACCUUGGGCAUUUGGAUGAGAAUUCAGAUGAGACAAGAGGGAACUCCUCUAACAAGACUUGAUAUCACCAUUGUGGCCGUGGUUCUUCUGCUUCUGAUGCUGAAUGUACCACCUAAAGUAGCUACAAUCUUAAAGUACUGGGUCAGCAGCAUAGAUGGAUAUAUGUUGGGCAACAUUUGCAUUCUAUUGGACUCUAUCAGCAGUUCUGUCUGCCCUUUGGUAUAUCUCCUUGUUGGGUGUUGGAAGACGCAGAAAUCAGCAGAGUCUUUCCUUAUGUUUCUUGAGAUAGCUUUGUCAGACGAAAGAGCCGUGGUUGUAAAAACACAAGCACGCGAAGAGCACGCUUAA